AUGAACUCGGAUCAGUUCGCUGCAAUGUUCGACGUCAUCGAGCCAACUUUCACUGCGAUGAUAGAAGCAAAUCCAGAAGAUAUGAAUUCGAAGACCGAGGCGUUUCUCGAAGUCUUGCGUCAAUUCGACAACCAUCCACUGAAAGACCGUGUCGAAGUUUUCCGCGAAUAUGCUAUCCUACUGAGAUUCGAGAGAGAAAAGGAGUCCAACAAGGAGAAUCGAAAUGGGGUUGUUGAGCCGCCGCCGACUCAACCACUACGUCGUCCACGUCGUCUCUAUCUCCUUAUGCUGAGAGGCUGGUGA